GCUCCACUCGCCGUGGAUGAAUGGGCCAUAGAAACAAUAUCUGCUUCCGCUAUCACACAUUCAUUGCCUUGUUCUCGCGCGACCUACCGCUAUCGCGACCUCUUUUUCUCCUUCUCCCCACACUGCCUGGCCGGCGAUUGCGAGUCGUGCCCGUUCACGCGUUGUGCCAAGAUCAUCGCCAGCUGCCACCGGCCCCCCCGACAGUCCUACCUGCAGGGAAGGCAUGUCAGCCCUGUUGACCACUUCCCCAUUUCCUCGAUCAUUUGAGAUCGUAAGUACUCUGUACCUCGCCCCAGCCUCGACCCGGGAUUCCUGGCCCAGUCCACACGCGAGGAGCAGCGGCUCCUACCCUUUGCGCCCACAACACGUUGAUCUUUCUCCCUCACUUUCUUAAUUGUACCCACGACACCCGCAUCUGCGCCAUCACGUCUACGCCUCGGUUCCAAUGUCGAGACGUCCAGACAGACAAGAACUCGACUUCACUUCAGGAAUCCCGCCUUACUUCGCCUUCCCAAGCCCAGCUGACAACUCUGUGAAGCCCGAAAGCUUAUCGCCGACAGGUGCGCGGAACAAGCGUCCUGCGCCAGGCCCCGGCACCGCAACGUUCACAAUGUCAGGUCUAGGUCCCGGCAUGGCGUCGUCCUCAAUGGCGUCGCCUUCAAUGGUGUCGCCCUCAAUGGCCUCGUCUUCAGCAGGCGCGGGUGAACCAAGCAUGGCCUCUGCCCCCAUGGAGCCGCCCCCAAAGAAGAGUCGGACAAAUACUCCAUGGACCCCUGCUGAAGAGCAGAGGCUGAAGAACAUGAGAGACGCAGGAAAUAGCUGGGCGGAGAUCGCAAAGACAUUUCCAAGCAGAACCGAGGGCAGCGUCAAGAAGCACUGGUAUAAGGAUAUGCAUUAUGCCGAGUUUGCAGAGGACGAGAGCCAGGCCCUCCUCAACGCCAUCAAAGAAUACGAGACGAAUAAGUGGAAAGUGAUCGGUGCGAAAGUUGGCAAGCCUGCGAAGGCAUGCGAGCAGUACGCUAAAGAACAUUUCGCUGGCCGCAUAUAAUGUAGGGCAGUGUGGCACAGUUCUGGAAGCCAUCCUGUCCUCUGGGACCGACGUUUCCACCGCACGCCCAUCAGUAUGCGCGUAUCCACUACCGCCGGCGACAACUCCGCCAUCCCUCCUAUUUUUGACCGUGGAUACCCUCAAGUUUCUCGCUUUUUUUUAGAGCAUCGUCGUUGAGCAUU